AGCACUCAGUAGGCAGUUAGCUGUCUACGAAUACGUUAGCUCAGUCAUUCUACGCGCGCAUCGCGACCGGCGCGGUCGACUCGCGUCUCGGAUAUAUAAACACUGGAUAGUGCAAUGAUGUUCGCGCGAAAAGUGUUCUGUGUCGUGAACUGUGUGAGGUGAAGUAUGGUGCGCGAGUGUGCACUGGCGGUGCUGGCUGUAUUAGCCGCGGCGAGUGCCUGCCCGGGACAAGUGCCGGGAUGCGCUUGCAGCGAUGCGGGCACCCGGCUCUCAUGCCGAGGUGCUGGUCUCCAACAUCUUCCACCGCUCAACGAGCGGCUACUCGCGCUAGACGUAUCCAACAACAACAUCAGCGCGUUACCAGCAGACGCGCUGCUACCAGCCACCGGACUCCGAGAUUUGAACCUGUCAGCAAAUCGUCUGGAGCGCGUGGCUGCUGGGGCACUGAGUGGUGCGGCGCUGGCCAGGCUGUGGCUGGACCGGUGCUUUCUGCUCCGUCUGCCCACAGCUAGCAUGCCAAAGUUGCAUUAUCUAUCAGCGGAAGACAACCUCAUAUCGGAUAUAGACCCGGAUGUGUUAUCGGAGCUCCGGAACCUGCGUGUCUUACGAUUGGCUCGCAACAGACUGACCACAGUACCAGCCGCGUUGGUGUACACCAACAGAUUGCAAGCUUUAAAUCUCGCUGGCAACCAAAUAGCAGAACUAACAGCUGCUUCAUUACCACCACUCCCCGCGCUACAUACCCUGGUACUGAAGCGGAAUCGAAUCACGUACAUUGAAAAGAACGCAUUCGUGAAUACUCCGGCGCUGCGAGUCUUGAGGCUGGAAGACAACUUGCUGAGUGAGCUACCGACCGCCAUACACAAUCUACCCAUGCUAGAAGAUCUAUCGCUGUCGGGCAACAAAAUAGAGCGAGUGACAAGCGGCUUGCAAGCGUGUCCCCGUCUCGCCAGGUUGGAGCUGAGAGGCAACUCCCUGUCGCAACUUCACCACGGGGCGCUGGAGAACCUGCCUCGACUUACAACGCUGAUCCUGUCGGAAGCUCGUGGUCUACCUGGCGUGCCGUCUCUGAAUGGCACCACCCGUCUGCGAACCCUGAGGAUGGACCACACUCGUCUCCGGGAGCUGCCAACCAAUCUCUGUAACAACACGCCGCAACUUAGAGCACUAGACCUAAGAUCGAACCUGUUGACCAGCGUUCCUGACCUUCACGAGUGUUCCGAGCUUCGAGUGUUAGAGCUAUCUGACAACGACAUUAAGUCAAUAGGUGACAACGCCCUCAAGGGUCUGCGUAAGCUUCACGAUCUGUUACUGGCCAGAAACAGACUGAAGUGGAUACCAUCAGAUGCCUUCAUCCACACUCCUCGCUUGCAGCUACUAGACCUCGAAGAUAAUAGAAUAGAACACAUCGACAUGGAGGCUUUUGUCCCUAUUUCUAAGCUAGAGGACUUAAAUGUUGGUAACAACGUGUUUCCUUCGCUGCCCGCGAGUGGUCUGCAGAGGCUGCUACACCUGAAGGCCCACAAUAACCCCAACCUGCGCAGGUUUCAUCCACCGGAGCUCUUCCCCAGGAUACAAAGUCUAGUUCUGUCAUACGCAUACCACUGCUGUGAGUUUCUGCCCCUCAUGGAUGGCGCUGCAGGCGUCAACGAGGAGUGGGCAGAGCGCGAGGGCUUCAGUGACCUGGUGCUGCUACCGCCGGCACACGUGGACCUGGCAGCGUGGGCCAAUGCCACAGACAUUUGGCCCCAUUAUUUGAACGCGACGGGUGAAGGAGGGUCGCGUUUGAGAGCGGUUGGACCUUGGAGCGGAACUGGGGUGGCAGAACUCAAAGCGGGGAGCAGACAAGUGCGCUGUCUUCCUCUACCUGGUCCAUUCCUACCAUGUGUGGAUCUUUUCGACUGGUGGACCCUUCGAUGUGGUGUGUGGGCCGUGUUCCUUUUAGCGCUACUAGGAAACGGAACAGUGGUAUUUGUCCUUGUGUUCAGCAGAAGUCGAAUCGAUGUUCCAAGGUUCCUGGUCACCAACCUUGCUGCUGCGGACUUCUUUAUGGGCAUCUAUCUAGGAUUCUUGGCAGUUGUGGACGCAGGAACGCUGGGAGAAUUUCGCUCGCAUGCGAUCUCCUGGCAAAUGUCUGGAUGUUGUAGACUGGCAGGCUUUCUUGGCGUCCUGUCAUCUGAGCUGUCAGUGUAUACUCUAGCAGUGAUCACUCUCGAACGCAAUUAUGCGAUAACCCACGCCAUGCACCUCAACAAGCGACUGUCGUUGCGUCACGCCGCAGCAGUCAUGGCGGCCGGGUGGGCGUUCUCACUUACAGCGGCCUCUCUCCCUCUACUCGGUGUUUCUGACUAUCGCAAGUUUGCUGUGUGUUUGCCUUUCGAAACUGACUCUGCUGUAUCGCUCGGAUAUGUCGUUUCAUUACUCGUCAUCAAUGGCUUAGCUUUUCUUGUUUUACUAGGUUGCUACCUUAAAAUGUACUGCGCAAUCCGUGGCUCUCAAGCAUGGAACUCCAAUGAUUCACGCAUUGCCAAGCGCAUGGCUUUACUCGUGUUCACUGACUUUCUGUGCUGGUCACCCAUAGCGUUCUUUGCACUGACGGCUGCCUUUGGCGCCCAAUUAGUUUCCCUAGAAGAAGCCAAAGUAUUCACAGUUUUCGUGCUACCGCUUAACUCCUGUUGCAAUCCCUUUCUUUACGCGAUUCUCACAAAGCAGUUUAAGAAAGACUGCGCACUCGUCUGCAAAGCUAUUGAAGAAUCUCGAGUGACGCGAGGGAUCGGAAGAUGCAGACACUCGUCAAACUUUAGUAACAGACAAACACCGGCCAAUACGAAUAGCCUCGCGGAGAGAUCGUCGCGAGGUCAGCACGGUGCCGCGUGUGCUUGUCGGAGGCUGCUGCCACCUGGAGGGGCGGUCGUGGUCAGCGAGACGGUCACCAACAACACGGGGAACGGGAGCGGCGAGGCGAGUGGGGAACGUCUGCUGCGGUGGCUGCGAGCGUGCGGUCGCCGCGCAACCACACCCGCACCACCCGCGCCCCGCCAGUUGCCUGCUCCUCCGGCGAGGGCUGGCUCCGUCUCGUCUUCCGUCGAGUUCUCGUCUUCUCGCUCGGACUCUUGGCGCACGUACGGGCGCCCACCGCCUCCACCGCGCCGAGCCGCUUCAUGGCUUGUCGCUCGCAAAACAUCACAGGACUCCAACUUGUCAUCGUCUCGGAAUGACUCGUCGGGUUCGAAUGCGACGGCGUCUACAGGAACUUGGCGUACGUCGCGGUCGGGCGGUAGCGCGGCAACAGGGACCAGCACGGGAUCACGUCCGCGGCUGACCCGGCAGCCGGCCGUCGUCGCCGACGAGCCACCUGCCUCGCCAUCCGCGCUCCCACCGCCACGCAUGCUGCACACAAUCCCCUCCGCUGCUGAGACCGAGCUGCAACCCGACGACAAUGAUGCCCGUUGAGAUGUACUCUCAUUUCCUCCAUCAUUGCAAACUCAUACAAGGUCACUUAACUAGAGCUGGAACAUCCAAAACACUCAUAUAUUGCGUUAGUUAGCGGACGUGGUGACAUCGCCCUGGUCAAAUCAGGAAUAGCUGAUGUGUUCGUCUCGCUACCAAGCUGUGGAUGCCAAAUUUAAUUGAACAACCCUGUACUUCUUAUUACUGGGAUCAUAGUGAGUAGAUUAAAUAUUUAUUUUGAAUAAUUGAAGGGCAGUUAAAUAGUGAAGUGAAGUGUCCAGGUGGGUCUAGUCGAAUGAACUGAAAUAGUGUCUUAAGGAACCGUCCAUUAGCGGUGAUGCAGUGCUGUUGGACGAUAGUGUUGUCUGUGUUACACAGACUGUGUCAGACUACGAUAGUAUGAAAUGCAAGACAAAUAAGUAAUUAUAUUUUGUACAGUAUUAUUAAUUUAUUUAUAUUAGGAAUUAGUAGGUAUAGAUCGUAUGCAUGGUGUUAAACAGAGUGUAUUUAUAUAGACAAUUUUAUGGCCUACUUUGGAAACUAAGUUGUUUCGCGAUAUUUAAAUGUAGCAACAUGACCCAAAAUUGUUGAGUGUUUUCAAAUGCUUUCUUUACUAAGAUUUCUUUGUCUUUUUGCCUCUCACUUUUUACAUUUAGUAGGUACUUAUCAUAUAUCCUUGAAUUGUGAAGCUAAUGUAAUACAUUUUCUGAUUAAGUAAAUUUAUAUUAAUUAAUGUUCUGUUAGAGUACUCUCUUUUAACCAUAGACUAAGAAUUUACUAGCGCAUAGAAGACCCGAUAGUGCGCGACUAAUUUUUGUGCUUUCAACGAGAGCGUACCAUCUGAAUGCUUAGACUACACUAACAAGUUAUUGUAGCCGCGCCAUCUAUUAUAUUGAACAAGUAUUAAUUGUAUGUUUUGAGUCGUAGUCGUGCAUCAUCGUUACAUACUUAACUUUAGUACAAUUUAUAUUUUAUAUGCAUUAAGAGAAAAAGACUUAAAGGAAUAGGUACCAAGUAUAAUAUAGUCAUUAUAUAUAACUAAUACAGCUACAUCUCUACGGAAUAAAUAGCAUUUGCAUGUUAUUCGAAAUUGAACAGAUAUUUGUUAAAAUAAAUACCAAACCCACGGACUAGCAAAUAAAGAAGGACUCCGCGCCGUGAUAUUAGCAAGUGAAGCACCUUUAUGCUAGUCUGUGUGCGGUUACGGGGUAUACCAGUUACACAAUUUUUUCUCCCUUAAAUAAUCAUAUAUCCACAAAUACUUUUAAAGUAUUGUUUUAACACUUUUUCACAACGCACGACGGCAUUUUUAAAAUAUUUUAUUGCAACGCAAAGUGAUCUGCCACAGUCGAUGGCAAAUCUAAUAAUGGCGGCCGAUCGGCUUGUAUUAGUGUAAGUGCAUGCGUGUGGCUCUGUAUUUACACGUUUACCGGGUUGUUUUGGUGCCUCACUGAUAUGUAAGGUGACACGGAGUCCUUCGUUUUUUACUCGUCCGUGACAAAACCAAAACUUAUAGAAUUUAGGUCAUUUAUUAAACUUGUGUGCUAAGUGUAUUUUGUUUGAAAAAAAUGUACAAUUUCAUGACACUGCCUCCGUUGGGAAUAAACAGUAUUUAAAUAAGAUAAUAUUAUAAUGUUAACGUUUAGAGUAAUUUAUUGUAAGUUAUUGUACAAUAUAAGUUUAUAUUAUAUUAUAUAUAAGUAUAAAUAUACUGCAGUUAGCAAAAAGUGUAUUUUAUUUAAAAUAGUAAGUAAUAAUAUGUUGUGUUGUAAAAUGAUUAUGUACAAUAAUGAUAUUAUGUUUUGAUAUUUGCGUAGAUACCCUUUGAAAUGUGCAUGUUUGAACUUGUUUGUUAUUUUUAUAAAUAUAGUAUUUAUAUGUUUAGUUUAAACACAAAAAUCGAAUAAAGUCCUCUUAAAUUCGUUCGCUUGGACGCUAUAAAGAAGCAAACAUACUAUGCCUGCAACUAGCGUGAUUAUAUGUGGCCUUUAUAUAGUCCUGAUAUCGUGUUAAUAUUCAUGCAAUAUUUCAAUUAAAUCUAUUACAGUUUUUUUUGUGUUCUGCCUGGAUUUAAAUACAGACAAUGAGGCAAAAAUUAUAUAAAGUACUUGUCUUGAUUCGGUAUUGUUUGUGGAACACACAGUAAGUAUUCUUUUAAGAAGUUAUUCAAUGUUCUAUCGACAAAAUUGAAUUGUGACCCACCUUAAUGUCAUUUUGUAAACAAGUAGGUUGAAAUUCGCUUGGACAGACAUUUCCUUAGUAACUCCUAUAGUUAUUUUAGACACUGACAGUCCACCAAUUGACAUACAGUCUUUUAAGUGCAAAUAUAAACCAGUUAGGUUUAUAUAGGAAUUAAGAUACAGAAGAUAAAACUCGGCUAAAUACGAGCGGAAAAAGCUACAAAAUAAUUAAUUAUUUAAUCAUUUUUUCUGCCAGUUUCUAACUUUCUGAAUAUCAAUCAUUUGUAUUUUAUAACAGGGAGAUCAUAUUAUACCUUCGAUGAGACUAUUUUAUUUAUGUUUUUAUUUUUUAUUUAUAGAUAAUAAGGGACAAGAUGACCAGGACGUUCAGCUGACGGUAUUUGAUACACCCUGCCCGUUACAAUUCAGUUCGCUCAGGAUUAUUGAAAAACCCAAAAAUUCUUAGCGGCGCGCGUUACAACUGCGCUCGUCACCUUGAUGUUUAAUCUUAUUUGCCCAGUAAUUUCACUACACACAAAAUGCUUCACGGCAGAAAAAGGCGCCGUUGUGGUACCCAUAAUAUAGCCGGCAUGCUGUGCAAAGUACCCACUGGUAAAAUACUACAUGCAUAUUGUAAUAAACUUCGAAUAUACGUGAAGUAUCUGCUGUAAUAUUGUUUAAGCUUCGUCCACAUAUGCUAGCACCACAGAACAGAAUAGAUAUUUAAAUGGAUGUAAUUCCAGAAAAACGUUCCAAACCACAAUCAUGUCGAAAUUGAGUUAAGAAAACAAAACAGGUCACGUUAUUCGUAUUAACGGACUGACAAAAAAUGGCAGCCCUACUGUCACUCUUUCAAUGACAUCAUGACUUAGUAGCCCAACCCACAUGUAUGGAAUACACGAAUAAUUUAUUAAACUGUAUCACGAAUUCCUUAAAAUUUGAUGUUCGUGGCUUGGAACUUUUUUCAGGAACUACGUUCAAAAAUGUUAUGUCGCUAGCAUUAAGUUAAUUUUCAUUACAGUUGUUAAAGUGUUUGGAGCCUGUGUCUUAUUUCUUUUGGAUAUGUUGUCACGUUACCAGUGGGGUAGCGUGCCUUGGUGGUUUCCCGUAUAAAAUUUUUGCUUGGGGGCCCUUAUGAAGGGUAAAGAUUUCUCACAAAAGAAAAAAUGUUUGAAUAAAAUUAAAAGAAAUAUUUAUGCAUCAUUAUUAUAUAUCUGCCACUUACAAUUUAACUUAAAAUUUUUACAAACAAGUCAAAUUAAAUAUACACUCUCCUUGGUAUUUUUCGGCAAACAGCAAAGUUUUAUUAAUUUUUGCUUACGCACGUCGGGGCCCUACGGCACAUACGGCGAUAGCUACGCCUCUGCACGUUAAACAGCCUUUUCUGCUCUGCUUAAAAUCUCAAAUGAACAACACAAUCUGCAACCCUACCUCAACCUACCUUGCUUUAGAACGGGCAGCCUACUUCGUUUUCUUUUACUUUAUGUUAUAUAUUUGUAUGUUAAAGAUUUUAUAUAAAUUACUAUAAUAAUUAUGUAGAGUUUAUAACAUAUUGUAUGUUUAUUGUUUAUCGACUGUUUGUGUAAUUUAUUAUUUUACAUAAUACAUUAAUUGAAAAA